AUGGCACCUCCUGUCAUUUCACCUAGGACACGAAGACCAUCGCGUCCAUCAAUUAAUAAAAUUAGGAACGGUACCUUUAUCCUUCCAUCCACGGGAGAACGCCUACAGCAUCAGAUCACUCUUGUUGAAAACUCUAGUGUAGUUCCCAAGUCUUACGCCUGUUCUAUCACAUCAAAUGCAUCACGGCAACAACCACGCUUACGUCGCUCGCUUGCCGACAUUAUGCGCCACGAACUCCAGACCUUCUGGCAUUGGAUGAAGUCCCCGACCGGCAAAGGCAUCUUGAAGUGUUCACUAGGUUAUCUUCUGGGCAGCAUGGGGACAUUUCUACCACCGCUGACUAAUUUUCUCGGCCGUCAGGAUGGUAAGCAUAUUCUUGCUACUAUCACAGUCUAUUUUCACCCCGCUAGAUCAGCAGGAUCCAUGGUCGAGGCAGCCGUGUUGGGUCUCGCGGCCUUCCUAUACGCAACUUUUGUGGGUAUUUCGAGUAUGGCAGUCUCUGUGUUCUUCGAGACCCAGCUUGACUUAAUUGAAGUCGCCUAUGGGUUGAUUUUAAUAGUUUUCUGUGGUGGAGGGCUUGGCUUGGUGGGCUGGUUCAAGCAAGCCUACAAUUCUCCAUUGGUUAGUGUGGCUUGUAGCUUAACUUCACUGGCCAUUAUAUCCAUUGUCACCAAAGAGAAUGCUAUCCAGACUGGCGUCUUCUCAAAUGAUAAAAUUAUCCAGGUUAUGAAGAUGGUUUCCAUUGGUAUCGCUUCAACAGCGUGUAUUUGUUUUUUAAUAUGGCCAGUCUCAGCCCGCUUAGAGCUCCAGAAAACUAUGAUUAAAACUACUGAAUCCGUCGGGGAGAUGCUUUCUUUGAUCAGUCAGGGGUUUAUCAGUGGAUCUGACACAGGUAUUCGGUCUGGCUUGUUUACAAAUACUCAGAAAAAACAUAAGGUCCUUUUUACACAAUUAACCAAAUGUUUAAGGGAAGCAAGAUUCGAGCACUAUAUACUUGGAACAGAGAACCAAUACAAAAACAAAGCCAAGUUAGUAAACUGUUUAGAGAGGCUCGCAUUAUCUAUUGGUGGCCUAAAAAGUGCUGCCACUACUCAGUUAACCUUGUUGAAAGAAUCGUCAGGGAUCAGCAGCUCAACACCCACCAACAAUUCACGAUGUACUCCCGAAAGUUUCUUCGAUCUUCCGCUUGCGACCAACAAUGGUCGGGCUGAUAAAUUUGCUGUCUUGAAAUCUAUCGAAGAGGUUGUUGACGAACUUGGAUUUACAAGUUCAAAUCAAAAAGAUACCUUGCCGCAAGCAGACAACUAUCGAUCCCUAAGCGUAAUUAGUGCAGAAAGCUCGUAUUUACCUACCAUACGAACACCAUCCGAGAUAUUUUCGCGCUUUAUAAUGCUCCUUGGGCCAUCCAUUAAAUCACUUGCGUACACCCUAUCACAGAUCCUGCAGCAAAUGCCAUUUUGCGAGGACUCACUAGAAGCUAUAACAGUUAUUGAACAAUUUAAGAAAAGCCUUGGGGGUGCAAUGACUUUGUAUUCAAAUGCUCGCUCUGAAGCUUUAAAAGAGCUUUACAAGAGCAAGGAGCUAAACCGGGAGAGGCCUGCAAGUAUUGAAGCAGACUUCGAAGAGGUUGCUGCUAGCUGUGGUCAUUUCAGCUUUUCUUUGUUAACGUUCGCAAAAGAGAUGCAAAACCUAAUGGAUAUUCUCGAAGAGCUUAAAGAACAAACUGAAGAUACACAUCGUUCGUGGAAAUGGCUAAAAUUUUGGAGGAAACGGCAGAAUCCAUCCACACUAGAUCCUGAGGAGGAGCCACUUGUGGAACGUAUUCCUGACAAUGCGACUUCAAGGCGAUAUCCCGAUAUAAUACUCAAUAAACAAGCAUCAGAAGCACUACUCGCAUCACAGAGAUUCCCGGAUAUAUUGGGAAGUUUUGCGUAUCGUCUUAUAUCAUUUGCGAAAAUGUUAGAUCGGGAUGAUGUUCGUUUUGCCAUUAAAGUCGGCAUUGGUGCCUCGCUCUAUGCUUUGCUUGCGUUUAUUCCUGCGACAAGACCGAUUUAUCAGCUCUGGAGAGGUGAAUGGGGUCUUUUGUCUUACAUGCUUGUGUGUUCAAUGACUAUUGGUGCCUCAAAUACCACUGGCUACAGUAGAUUCAUUGGUACCUUUAUUGGAGCUGUGAUAGCGAAUAUUGUCUGGAUAAUAUGCCAAGGCAACCCCUUUGCAUUGGCAUUCUGUGGAUGGCUAAUUAGCCUGCCAUGUUUCUACCUCAUUGUUGCUAGGGGUAUGCCUGCUUUCGGAAGAUUCGUUAUGUUGACCUACAAUCUUUCUUGCUUGUACGCGUAUAGCAUGUCGAUUCAGGAAAGAGAAGAUGAUAAAGAUGAGGGUGGAAUAGCUCCUAUAAUCUCUACUAUCGCUUUGCAUAGGUUAGUGGCCGUUUUUGUAGGUGUUAUCUGGGGCCUUAUAGUUACGAGGAUCAUAUGGCCGAUAUCUGCCCGACAGAAGUUUCAACACGGUCUUUCUUUAUUAUGGUUAAGGAUGGGUCUAAUUUGGAAGCGGGAUCCACUUGCAACACUUCUGGACGGAGAAAGCACAGUUCCUUAUAUGGACAUACGAGAAGAGUUUGCUCUUCAUAGAUAUCUUUUGCGACUUGAGAACCUACGAAAUUCCGCCAAGAGUGAGUUUGAACUCAGAGGACCAUUUCCCGCCAAAGAGUUCGAAAAUAUCAUGGAUUCGACGAGUAAUAUUCUAGAUUCCUUACAUGCUAUGAAUGACAUUAUACAAUCGAAUAAAGCUGUUAGUGAAGGUGAAACCUUUCUACUUCAGUACACAUCCAACGAAAGAGCACAUCUCUGCUCAUUAAUUAGUCAUCUAUUCCAUGUCAUCGCAAGUUCACUUAAGAUAGAGUAUCCAAUGAGCGAUGCGCUUCCUAGUAUAUUACAGGUUCGCGACCGCCUUCUAAGCAAGAUUUUCAAGUACCGAAAAACUUCCGUGGAUGCUGAGCUCACAGGAGUACUCAUGCUCAAAGACGAGGAUUAUGAAUCAUUGUAUGCCUUCAUACUCGUAACGGGUCAGCUGGCUGAGGAUUUUAAUAAGGUGGAGAAGCAAAUCAUAAAUCUUUAUGGGGUCAUGAACGAAGACAUUUUGAGACUAACGUAA